UGGAGCAGGUGGUGGGGGUACCGGAAGCGGAGGAACGGGCCCCGCGGCAGCCGGGGGUGGUGGCCUGGCCCACUGGGUCAGCGUGAUGGCGGAACACAUUCAUAAUCCGCAUUCCGCAAGCGGAGUGGCCGGUAUUCAUCAUCAACAACAGUCACCACCUCAGCCACCUUACCCAUGGAACAAUGGUCUCUCAACUGACCAAUGCAAUCCUCACGACAAGGAAAGCGAUUACUGGGGCGGCGGUCGAGGAACGAAACAAGGUUACGAGGCGAAAAUGAACGCGGAUCAUGGUCAACUACAGAAAGGGGAAGAUCAGUAUCGUGGUGCCGGUGGAUCUAGCAGCGGCAGUCCUCCGGCAAGUCUACUGGUGGUUCCUCAGCCUCUAACUGUGAAACCCUCUCAUCCGUCUCAUCUCAACCCUCAUCUCGGUGGACCACACUCGCAUCCGCCGAGAAAAUACCAAUGCAAGAUGUGUCCUCAGAUCUUCGGGAGCAAGGCAGACCUGCAGCUCCAUACGCAGAUGCACAUGCGCGAGGCUAAGCCGUACAAAUGCAACCAGUGCUCGAAGGCGUUCGCAAACUCGUCUUACCUGUCGCAGCACACGAGGAUCCACCUCGGCAUCAAGCCGUACCGCUGCGAGAUCUGUCAACGGAAGUUCACACAGCUGAGCCACCUACAGCAGCACAUUCGCACGCACACCGGCGACAAGCCGUACAAGUGCCGGCAUCCAGGCUGCACGAAGGCGUUCAGUCAGCUGAGCAACCUCCAGAGUCACUCUAGGUGCCACCAGACCGACAAGCCUUACAAAUGCAACUCCUGUUACAAGUGCUUCUCCGACGAGCCCAGUCUCCUCGAGCACAUACCGAAGCACAAGGAGUCGAAGCACUUGAAGACGCACAUCUGCCAGUACUGCGGCAAGAGCUAUACCCAGGAGACCUACCUGGCGAAGCACAUGCAAAAGCACGCGGAGAGAACCGACAAGAGACCCCCGAUCAUUGGCACCGGUCUCAGGCCGUCGAUCCACGCGAUGGCAGCUCACCAUCAGGAUCAUUAUUGGCCGAAGAUGAGUCCGGACUCGGUUAUCGGCGAUCUCCACGAACGGCUGCCACAUCACCACGCCGAAUACCAUCAGAAUCAGAACCCGGAGAUGCUUUUACCUGGGCACGGGGGGCAUCGCUCCGGCGAGUCCAUAGAGAACGAUUCGAGGCAACAGACGCCUCAGCCCGGACCUGCGGGGAAUCAUCAUCCGAACAGUAGCUCGGCCUUCACGCCGAUAUCCUCGAUCUCGAUAAACUCGAUAUCCUCGAUGCAGCAUCCCCUCAAUCCCCUUAAUCAUCUUCAUUAUCCCGCCAGUCAUCAUCCGGCCUCGAGGCCUUACCUAUACGAGGCCUUCAACUCGACGCAAAAAUCCUCGCCCACUUCGUCCUCCUCGGGCGUAACGCCCGGGACGACGAGCAACCAGAACGCCACCUCCUUUCCCAACCAACUGAUCAGCCUUCACCAGAUCAGGAAUUAUGCUCAUCAGCCGAAUCUUGGCAAUCUCGGGAACCUCAGCAACAUCGGUAAUCUCGGCAACCUGAGCAGUCUCAACGCCACCAUGGAGAGCCACGCGCUUCUCGGAGGACUCAAGGAGAAACAGUAAUCUCUGUUUCUCUCGAUUACAGCGGGAUUAGACGCUAGGGAAAUUUAUCUUGUUCAAACUACUCUUCUUUUUCUUCUACCCCCAUCAUCUUCUUAUUCUUAUUCUUAUACUUAUUCUUAUACUUAUUUUUAUCCUUGUUCUCUUUUUUUUUUUUCUUUUUUUUUAUCAUUAUCGUCGCAAUUGUCUAGUUACGGAGUUAGACCGAUAUCAAGGACCAGCUCGAUCCUUUUUCCCUUCGGCCAUUUCCUACAAUUUCUUUGAUAAUUUUUUUCUUUCGUUAAAUCUCUUAUACUUUUUUUUUCCUCCGACUGCGCUCUAUCUACGUUUUAGUUUUACUUUUAAUUUCGCUAAAUGUUGUUCCUUAACCCUCUUUUUUCUCUCAAAGAAUAUCUAUGUAUAUACAUAAAUAUUAUAUUCCUUUUUCUUUUUUUCCACUUGAUCUCUUUUUAUUCCAUCCAAAAAAGGAGACUGCUAUUUUCUCCUCCAGCAUUUUUUUCUAUUCUCAUUUUUUUCAUCGUCUAUUCUCGCAUAUUAUUCGCGGCAAUGUCGACCUACUCUAAAUCAUUUCUUUUUCGUUUAUCACGCGUGCGCGCUUUUGCUUAUAUAUUCUCUCUCUCUCUCUCUCUCUCUCUCUCUCUCUCUCUCUAUCUGUUUCUCUCAUUUUUCGUUUCUCACACCCAACCAUUCUUCCUCCCACACAUAAUACGCGUGCAUUAUCACGUACACGUGUAACCCCAUCUCUGUCUUCUUUUCUUCCUUUUUCUAUUUCUCUUCCUCUCUCUCUCUCUCUCUCUCUCUCAGCGUUCGUCCAUUCGCACGAUUUGUGAUACACACAAGUGUGUUUGUGUGUUUGUACGCGUAAUACGUGCGGUUUAUUUCGUUAAGUGCGUAACGUAACAUUUUUGCUAAUUAUGCUUCAUAUCGCGAGUCGUGCGUAGUUCACACGCGCGCACGCCAAAAGUUAAUAUUCGUGAUCGAGCUAGCACGAAAGUUAAUUUCAUCUGUUAAAAAGCGGACUCGUAUAUAGAUGUAUAUAUGUAUACGUAUAUACAUAUCUACGUAUGUAUGUAUGUAUGUAUGAUGAGAAAGCGUGUAGCACUCCGGAAAAAAAAGGUACUUCAAUUACAAUAUACUUUUCAUUCAUGUUCCUUUUUGUUUUCCUUUUAGUAUUUUUAC